UCACAUCAACUGCAAAACAGGACUUUUAUUUGAAUUAAGGGAUUAAAGACUCGCAGGGCAACUCUGAGCGAAGAUGAAGUCCCUCGGCUGGUCCCUGCCUUUUGGUCUUCUCCUAGCUGCCUUUGCCAUGCCUUCUCAAAGCAACCAAAACAUCAGAGAGAAUACUGGCAGGAAUAAAUUGCGGCAACAAGAACCAGGGCCACUACAGGAAGGAAGCUGGAGGAGACAGGCCACACGAGGCAUGUUCUCCCCCAAGUCCUUACAGCCUGACGAUGACAGUGUGGGCCUUGAAGGUCUGAGUCCUGUCCGGGUUGAAAUGGGACCCAAGGAUCGGGUUAGAGACAGGGACAGAGGUUUGAGACACCAGAGGCACAACCACCAUGGAGGAGGAGAGUCUCCACGCAAAGGCAGGAGAGAUGGGCGGCCCGAGCAAAAGAGACAAGGCCGCAGGGACAAGCCUCAUGCUAAAGGCUUCUUUCACGAUCUCAGCACAGGAUUAGAUUCUCAGACUAGGGAUGAAGACGAUGCCUAUGCCAGACUGGCCAAUCAGGACACCGCUGCACUUGCAGAACGGCCUGCCUCCCGCAUCCAAGUAGCCACAGCGAUGAGUGAGCAUUUACCAACUCGACCCCCAACCUCUACCAAACCACAGAAGGCAGGUGGAGGAAAAGGUCAAGGUGAAGUGCUCCCUACACUGGACAUGGCGCUUUUCGACUGGACAGACUAUGAAGACAUGAAACCUGAAGAUGACUGGUCGUCCAACAAGAAAAAAGACAAACGGCGCAGCAAGAACAUGAGUACCGGCAACAUGACUGUUGACGCUGACGUCAUUGAACCAUGUGACCACCACCUCGACUGCCUUCCCGGCUCCUGCUGUGACCUCAGGCAUCACGAAUGCAAACCUCACAACCGCGGCCUGAACAACAAGUGCUACGACGACUGCAUGUGUGAAGACGGUCUCAGAUGUUACGCCAAAUUCCAUCGCAAACGAAGGGUGACCCGGAGACGCGGCCGGUGCGUGGAGCCCGACUCGGCCAACAGCGACCAAGGAGGCUUCAUCACGAUCUGACAUGGGAAAGAAAAAUGACUUGCUCACGACCUCGUAGUGUGUUUACCUUUCCAAGGACUGCAAGAUGAACUGAGCCUAAAUGUUAAAGUUUGCUGAAUGAAUAAAAGCCCGA